UGGGCGGAAAGCAGCGCUGUGUUUCUGUCUCUUCCUUCACAAAACCCCCAAAGCGACUGUUUCCAGUUCCUAUCAGAGGAUUCCUGCACAACAACAGACGGGUUUCAGCCUGACGCUGCUGACAUGGCGGUCCCCGCAGGCCCCGCGGGUCUCCAGAUGGACAGACAGACAGACAACAACAUUGACAUCGACGAGAAGGAGUUGGACAAGAUCACAAAGAGACAGCGGGAGGAGGACACGGAGACGCUGCCCCUGCACUCGCCCUGGACCUUCUGGCUGGACAGGUCGUUACCGGGCACAACGGCUGCAGAAUGUGAGUCCAAUCUCAAGAAGAUCUACACGGUGCAAACUGUUCAGAUGUUCUGGAGCGUGUAUAACAACAUCCCUCCCGUCACGGCGCUGCCUCUGAGAUGCAGCUAUCACCUCAUGCGAGGAGAACGGAGGCCACUGUGGGAAGAAGAAAGCAAUGCAAAAGGUGGAGUUUGGAAGAUGAAAAUACCAAAAGACAACAGUUCUGCAGUUUGGAAAGAGUUGUUACUGGCUACUAUUGGGGAGCAGUUUGCAGACUACUGUGCUACAGAUGACGAGAUCGUCGGCGUCAGCGUUAGCGUUCGGGAUCGGGAAGAUGUUGUACAGAUUUGGAAUAGAGACGCAUCUCUGGCUACCGAAGCGAGUAUCUUGGGAAAGGUCUAUGAGCUGCUCCCAUCCAUAACCUUUAAAGCAGUUUUUUAUAAGUCUCACAUGGAGCAUCAUGCCUUUGAGGGAGGACGCUCAAGACAUUAGAUUCUACUCCUCCUUUUCUGUUUGUUCUUUCAUUUUCUUUUUUAAACCCAGACUCCUUACCUGCCUCGACUGUGAAGGCAAAGUCCAGAACCUCGUUCAAGAUGCUUUCACUUUCAACAAGAAAAUGUUCUCAGUAUAUUUUUUGUAAUUUUAAUGACUGAUGCCUUGUUUCAUGUCGAUGUGGGUCUUAACGCUCUGACUUGUAUCCGGCGUAAAUCUGAUCCAGAACCCGUUAGUUUGUGUUGCUUGUGACGUGCACAGCUUCCACCAGUCAUUCCUGCCUGCAGAAGCAGCUGCACGCCCAAGACGUCUCAAGUGAACACACCCGUCGACUCGUACUGUGCCAACACGCCCGCUGCUGCUCCAGGGGUUCUCCCGUUCACAAAGAAAGCACUUGUUUCAGCUGCACCUUCCCAACAUGGAAGCUGUGAAUGUCCAUUUUGUUUCUUCAACCUUCAUCAAAUGUAGGUCCAAAUCAAAUCAGGGUGAUGCUCGAAAAUGUUGCACAAGGCUUCUUAUAACGGCCACGACGCCUGGCCGCUAUAAUGGAGUCCCUCGGAAACUACGCUCGGUCUCGGAGAUUGGAGUUUUAUUUUUAUCAUGAUCUUUUAAAUACUUUGACAGAUUUAUUUUUAGAUAAAAACCUGUCUAGAAACGGUUACCCUGAGAAAGUUUCCAACACGAUAGAUCUUUCCCUGAAAUGAUGAAAGUUACUGCUAUGUUCUGUUAAAUGGAUGCUGAGUGAGGAGGUACUGCGAUGUCUUCAGCACUUACAUGUCUCUCCUGCUAGUUGGACUUUCUGUUGCAACCAUAAAAGAAGGGAAGAAGCAUCGCUUUCCUGCGAGGAUAUGAGUAAUGUGAUUAUGAACAGCACACCUAAAUGUUUCAGUGUCGACUGCUGCCGAAGAGAAAAAGGAAACAAACCACUUGAUAGUGAUGAUACUGGCCUGAUAAAUAUAAAAAGGAGGAAAAACAAUAUGUAAUUAUAUUAAAAUUCAGUUCAUACAUUUGGGCCAUUUAUCUAAAGUCUUAAGUUAUCCUCACUAACCUUGUUAACAUUGUUUGAUUCCAGCGAGGAUAGAAUCGCUGGAAUCCUGGUAUUUUUGUGUCAAACCACUUCUGUAGUUGACCCUCGGACUGGUUGAUAGUUAGAAAGGGACGGUUUUCCUCUGUAAACAGGAUCGCUGCAGUGACGUAGACAAAGUAAAUAAAAUGGGAAUGAAAUUCAACUAGCUUUGGGUUGUUUCUUUUUUGCACAGUACACCUGUUGAUGAAUGUAUUAUUGAUAGAAGUCCACAAUAAACGGUAGACUGUUUAUCGAG